CAAAUACCUACCUAUAUUUUUAGCGCGCCGGUUUGCAGCCGGUGAAACGUAGUGAUUAUAUUUUCUUUGGCCGCCGGUACCCACAUUAAAACAAGUUAACUUAUAUUUUUUUAUUGUGAUUUAUAACAAGCCACGGUUAAGAUUAUUCUCAUAUUUAAAUUUUAAUAUCAGUAAUCAAUAAACAUGUAUAUCGUAUCUGGUUCGAAUAUAUUUACCCAGUGGUCGCUGACGGGUAGUGUGUUCCCUGAAUUUCGAAGAUUAUUAAGAUCAAGAUGUAAUUUUCCGAUAAAUCGUGCAAAACUUAUUUUUAUUCAUUGGUCUUAUAAUAUAUUUCUUAUCGAAGGCACAUUCUAUAUAACGGGUACGUUUUACGGGAACGAGAACAUUCGUAUAUUGAAUUUGCCAGAGGAUUGUACUUCGGAAAAUGCUAUUGUCGCGGGAAAUGAUUACAAAAUAGUGGUGAUCCGCAGAAACACAACCACGUAUUGGGUAAUUAAUUUGGAAAAUAUGGAACAAAGAGAAAAAAAGGAAUUAUGUAUUGAAAGACCAGUGGAAGAUAAUGCGAAGAAGAUGAAGCUUAAUGAUCACAUUAUUAAAAUAUCUUUACUGAACGAUUCAUGCCUUUUUCUGACCGAAUGCGGUUACGUGUAUGCGGGCAUUCUGGGCAGCUAUGUGGACACAUCACAUUGUGUUGGGAAGGUGGUAGAUAUUGCAAGCGGAUAUGAACACUUUAUGCUGCUCACAGAUGCUGGGAAAGUUUAUACAUGGGGUGAAGGCGGGAGACUUCAACUUGGUCAUGGGGAUCUGGAAUCUUCAGAUGCACCAAAAGAGGUGGAAGCAUUUUCGGGUGUCAAAAUUGUGAAAAUCAGGGCUGGAGGUUGGCAUUCAUUGGCUCUCAGCGAAUCAGGCGAUGCAUAUGUCUGGGGUUGGAAUGAUGCAGGGCAGCUUGGCAUUGAUGAAAAUGCAAGUGAUGAAAGUCUUUUCUUACCUGUAUUAGUUGAUAUAUUUCAAAACAAUCAAGGUAAUUUUAACAUUAAAGAAAUUGCUUGUGGAUCAAAACACACUGCAGUAUUGUUAGAAGACAAUUCUGUUUGGGCUACAGGGUAUAACAAAUAUGGCCAGUUGGGCAUGUGCCCUAAAACAUAUCCUGUCAUAAAAAAAUUUAGAAAGCUACGCAGAUUUCAUAAAGAUGUUAAAAUGCAAUGCGGUCCUUGGAAUAUUGUUAUCAGUUCAUCUGAAAUCGAAAUUGGUGUAUAAAGUUCAUAUAUUGAGAACAGUAUUAACAAUCCGUAAUUAUCCAUUUAAUCAUCCCAAAGACAAAUUCCUAGUCUGUACAAUCUGUGGGCUAGUCUUUUUCUGCUGCUGAGAAAUACACAGCUGCUCGGUUGUAUUGCAUCUUAGUCAGAAUUUAGAAGAUAUCAUACCUUAGCUAUUAGGAUAUCAUUACACUGGUUAUAAUUACACUUAAUUACUAGUUAUAAUUUCUUAAGUUCCAUUGUGAUGAGUGCAUUAAUGUUCCAAGUUCUUUAUAAAACAAACUGCAGGGGGGUGUUGGUAAUAGUUUAUGUAUAGUGGUGUUUGUCACUGGAAAAUUUAAUUCAUUCCUAUUCUUUGUAUAUUAUAGUUACAGUAAUCCUCUUUUAGGGUCAGCACAUACCAGGCGUUGAAUAUAUUAUCUGUUCUGUCUUUUCUGUUUGAAAAGUCUGUUAGUGCAAAAGUGUUGGCAUAAAGUCCUUUGCUAACAAGGCUGUGAGCACAAUAGUACAAGUAAAUUAUCUAAUUAUUUUAUCCCUCCAUUAUAUAAGGUCAAAACUUUAUAUCAAAAGUAUAUAAAAAUCAUUUAAUUAUUACUUACUAGACUUGCUCUGCCCCUGUAAUGUAUGUGAGAAAAUCCAUACUCAUAAAUGCAAAAGCAAUUCUGUCUGUUUGUUAUGAUUUUACAGCUGAAGCACUUUACCCAUUACAAGGGCAUUUAUUAUGAAGAUAGUAUGUGACUCUGGGGAGGACAUAGGCUACUUUCUAUUCCAGGAAAAUAUAUAUAGGGAUUUUUAUUCUGGAAAACCUAUAACGUGGGUAACGCCGCGAACGGAAACUAGCAAAUCAUAAAAUGAUUUCAUUAGGAUAAGUUAAACUAAGUACUGCAAACAUUUAUUGGUGAAAAUAAUGUUUGCUUGCUGUUAAUUAUGAUCUCAUUUUAUCAUAAAUAUUUUAUUGUCUGAAACUACCAACUCAUAGUUUAUAAAAUCUUUACAUAGGCUAUCAGUAGUAUAUUUAAUAAAAAAAAAAUUAUUUUUAGUAUAGCCAGAGUCUUCAUUUUGGAAUUGGUGAUAUAUAUUACAUCAUCUAGGUUACAAACUUGUUUCACUUUUUCUUCCCGCCUAAUAUGUUGCUUAGCAAUUGAUAUUAGUUAAUUAUAAGUAGCAUAGUGUUUUACUUUGGAAAAGAAAAUAUAUCAUAAAGGCUAUAAUAUAUUUUUGAUGUAACAUUAUUUAUUCUAUUUGUGUUCAAAUUUAUAGUAUAUAAGAAUAUAAAAUAAUUAACUGGUUUUCUUAAAAAAAAAUGCAGAGUUAUUAUUUUAUAUUUGGUAUUUACACCUUAUUUUACCAUGAGGCAUAAGCUCUAUUUUUUAAAGCAUUAGGUAGGCAAACAAGUCAAAAAUUCAUUUGUAAGCAUAUCAUACAAACUUUAUUCUGAUUUACCUAUUUUCACUAUCGAUCCGUAAAUCGAAACUGGGAUUUACUUCUAAUCACUUUUUUGUGAGUUCAUAACUCGGUAACUUGAUUUUUUCAAAUAUGGCGGGGAAACAGAUUGAAAUAAUGUAAGUAGAAAAAUUCGCAAAAUAAGUUCUAUAAUUCAUAAAGUGGGAGGGGAUAUAUGCGUUAUGAAAGCAUGAUCAUUAUCUUGAAAAAAAUAUUUUUUGUCUUAAGUUUCAUAUUUUUGCCUAGAGAUCAAUUGUAGCGUUAUAAUUUUAUAAAUACCUUGUUUUGUUUUGUGGUCACGAAGUUUUGCUGCUGAAAAUGAAGUUUUCCCACAAUCUACAUUUUCAGCAGUCGUCCAACCCAACGUGCAAUAUUCUAUAUAGGUAUAUACCUAUUAAUGUAUAUAUAUACGGCUAGUCUUAGCAACUUAAAUAAUAUUCUACAUGUAAUUUAUUACUUAUACCAAACAAUUAGAUUAACCUUUUUGAAUAUCUUUAUGUGGAUGGAAAUUUUGAAAUAAAGAAUAAAAAAAUACAAAUAAGAUGUUUUAUUAAAUACUAGCUGUAAGAGAUUAUGUAAUCGAUUAAAAAAUAAUGUCAUGUGUCCCAUCCCUACACAACUCUCUCUAGUUCCGGUGCUCAGCCAUGUAA